AUUGGAUCCGUCUAUACAGUUGUUUUCUGACGCCAUUUUUAUUUUUCAACUACGAGGCGUACUCGUCACCUAUGUUCGAAAUUUUUUUCACGCCAAUUGCAUUGAGAAAAUCAGUCUAAGGAUCGCCAUUUUAUCGUCACGUCUGUGCAAAAUAUUUGCGCCUUGUCAAUUGUUGUCGGAUCACUUUCCAACGCUACGAUAACAAUUGUGUGAAAAGUGUUGAAGUACCGACGGCAGACAUAAAUUUCGUUUUGCAUUCAGCGUUCCACUUCAUAGACUGUUGUGCAAGAGAAUUUGAUGCUUCGAAACAUUUAUUUACAACACUGAACAAUUUCGCAGAUUGCAAUUUAUUGCCUGGAUUGGAUUGACUGCUGUUGCUUUAUUGAAAGUUUAUUUUCCAUCAACACUCUUUAAUUUAUUCAAAUUUUCAAGACCUAAGUUUGUCGACAAGUAUGAAUUCAGACACCUCCAUGUAUUUGAAUGAUAGUGUGAUCAAUGAUUAUUUUAAGUUAAUUGAAAAUCAAAAUCCGAGCGUUUAUUGCUUUGAUACCUAUUUUUAUGAGCGAUUUGGGAAAUCUAAAUACAAAUCAGUAGAGCGUUGGACAAAAAAUAUCAAUAUUUUUUCUAAAAGAAAAGUAUUUUUUCCUAUCAAUAUUAUAAGGAAAAACUUUAAACACUGGUUACUAAUAAUGGCCGAUUUGGAGAAAAAACAGGUCAUAUAUUAUGAUAGUCUUGUAAAUCAUUACGAACCCGAAAUUCAUAUAAAUAUAUUAGAAUACUUACAGCAGGAGCAUGAAAGAAAGUUGGGUAAUCCUCUACCUUUACAAGAAUGGGAAAUUGUAAAAGGUUGUAACCCCGUUCAGUCUAACGGAAGGGACUGCGGGGUUUUCGUGUGCGUAAUUGCGGAGUAUCUCGCUAGAGAUGCUUCGUUUAAUUUUAAUCAAAGCAAUAUGGCAUCUUUUAGAGCAUUAAUGUUUUAUGAACUGUUAAACCAACAACUCGUUACAGUAGAUGUUGACGAAGAUUUAAUUGAAGGAGAAAUUUAUCGUAUAGUUGCUAAUUCUUGAAUUAACUAUUAAUUUAAUUUUUAGUUAUCACCAAUUAUUUGUAAAUAAUAAAAUAUUAGUCUUAAGUUUUUAGAUUUAAUCAUAUCAAUGUAAAAAGUUGUAGAUAUAACAGACAUAAGCUAUUGACUGAUUGUAUUUAUGUAUAUUUGUUAAUUAGUUUCUUUAAAUGUUAAGUUAAUAUUAUAAGUACUGAUUUGUUUUAUAUUGUUUCAUGUUUAUUGUGUACUUUUUUUUUGUGGAAAAUAUGACUGGACGGCGAUCGGGAAAAAGGGUAUAAGUCAAAUUUAACAACUUUUCAGGAGACGAAAAAAACUGAUUAGUUUUAGUUUUUUUGUAAGUAUG